GAAGGAAGCAGAGGGAUGAUGGAGAGCAAUUCCACUGCUGGGGCCGUUCUCCCCUCGCAGCAGUUCAGCGUUGCUGACCUUGUUGUGGUAGUGGUUUAUUUUUCCUUAAAUGUUGGUGUGGGAAUAUGGUCUUCCUGCAGGGUGAACAGGAACACGGUCAGUGGCUAUUUCCUUGCUGGCAGAGACAUGGCCUGGUGGCCAAUCGGGGCCUCGCUCUUUGCCAGCAGCGAGGGCUCCGGGCUCUUCAUCGGCCUGGCCGGGAGCGGCGCCGCCGGGGGAAUCGCUGUCGCCGGCUUCGAGUGGAAUGCGACUUAUGCUCUUCUGGCACUCGCCUGGGUGUUCGUGCCAGUUUACAUCUCAUCUGGGAUUGUCACAGUGCCCGAGUAUCUCCAGCGGAGGUUUGGAGGGGAGAGGAUCAGGAUGUACCUUUCCAGCCUGUCACUCCUGCUCUCCAUCUUCACCAAAAUCUCGACAGACCUGUAUUCGGGGGCCCUCUUUGUGCAAGUCUGCCUGGGCUGGGACCUCUACCUCUCCACUGUGCUCAUGCUGGUGGUCACUGGGCUCUACACCAUUGCAGGGGGGCUGGCGGCCGUCAUCUACACCGACGCGCUGCAGACGCUCAUCAUGGUCCUGGGAGCCGUCGUGCUGGCGGUGAGAGCUUUUAAUGAGAUCGGAGGUUACCCCAACCUGGAAGAGGCCUAUGGAAAAGCGGUGCCGUCCAAGAUCGUUCCCAACACUACCUGCCACCUGCCCAGAGCGGAUGCCAUGCACCUCUUCCGAGACCCGGUCUCCGGAGACCUGCCCUGGACCGGGAUGACUUUUGGGCUGUCCAUCAUGGCCACGUGGUACUGGUGCACCGACCAGGUCAUCGUCCAGCGCUCGCUCUCUGCGAAGAGCCUCAGUCACGCCAAGGCCGGCUCCAUCCUGGCCAGCUACCUGAAGAUGCUGCCCCUCUUUGUCAUCAUCAUGCCAGGGAUGAUCAGCAGGGUCCUGUACCCAGAUUCUGUGGCCUGUGUGGACCCCGAGGAGUGCACCCGUGUCUGCGGGGCCGCCGUGGGCUGUUCCAACAUCGCCUACCCCAAGCUGGUGGUGGAGCUGAUGCCCAGCGGGCUGCGGGGUCUGAUGAUCGCGGUGAUGAUGGCAGCACUCAUGUCAUCCCUGACCUCCAUAUUCAACAGCAGCAGCACCCUCUUCACCAUGGACAUCUGGAGGAAGCUGCGGCCGGGGGCCGGUGACCGGGAGCUGCUCCUCGUGGGCAGGGUGGUCACGGUGGUGCUGGUGGCCCUCAGCGUGGUCUGGAUCCCCAUCCUGCAGAGCUCCAGUGGUGGCCAGCUCUACGUCUACAUCCAGGCUGUCACCAGCUACCUGGCUCCUCCCGUCACCGCCGUCUUCGUCCUGGCUGUCUUCUGGCCCCGAGCUAACGAGCAGGGAGCUUUCUGGGGCCUGAUGGCAGGGCUGGUGCUGGGACUGGCCAGGCUGGGGCUGGAGCUGGCACACCCCACACCCCGCUGUGGGGUCCCCGACCAGCGGCCCUGGCUGCUCACUGACAUCCACUACCUGCACUUUGCUGUGCUCCUGGCCACUGCCACAGCUGCUGUCGUGGUGGGGGGCAGCCUGCUGACCCCCCCACCGCCCCCAGCCCAGCUGAAGGAUCUCACCUGGUGGACCCUCUCGCAGGAGCCUCCCCAGCCCCCUGUGUGUGGCACAUCCCAGGGACCCCCCGAUGAACCUCCACUCUGGGCCCGUGUCUGCGGUAUCAAUGCUGUUGUCCUGAUGUGUGUCAAUAUUUUCUGUUAUGCCUAUUUUGCCUAGUGCCCAGCCAGCCCCUGGAAAGGGGAAAAGCUGCUGGGAGGGGGGGAAAAUGGGGAUUUGGGUGAUAGCUUUUAUUUGUCACACUUGGGACACGUGAUGUUUAAAUCCACUGGUGCAGUGAGCUGGGCAUCCUCAGCACUGUGGACCCUGAGUGCAUCCCAGGGGGUAUGAGGUGUGGGGGGCACUUGUGAGGGCAGCAAGUCCCUGGGAGGGGUUUGGGACAGGGAUUUGGGUGGGAAAAUGGGGGCUUCACUUGGAACAAAUCCACAACAAAGCAGCGGGGGCAUGAAUUCAGGACAGGACCACCUUGGCAGCGGUGGGAAAGGAGCAGUCACACUCGUGGGUGUCACCCGAACUCAUUUUACUAGCUCUAAAUAAAAAAAAAUACUAUAAAGCCACAAUUUGCAGCUAUGAA